GCAGCUUCCAUUUUACUGCUAUGGCUGGUUGGUUAUUCAUUCAGGGAUGACGAUCGGAAAUCUCCUACCUUUGUUUCUAUCCCUGUGAAAAAUGCCUUCCGCGUCAACAGCUAAACUUGAGAAACAGGCCUCUUCGGAGGCGGUAGAUCCAGUGAAACAAGUAUAUAAGCUGGUUGAACAUAAAAUUCGGAAUCUGCUGAAAAAGAAGGGGCGUCUUGAUGAAUACAGGGAGAAACAAAAAAAUGGAAUCACACUGGAACCCGAUCAGAAGCAGGCUAUCCUGAAGUAUGACGAGACCUGUCAGAACUUAACCUUUGCACAAGAACUAAGCAAGCAGCUAAACGGGAUUUCAGUGGAGGCGGAAAAGGCUAGAAAGAUCAAGGAGAAGAAGGAAGCUUAUGAACGGGAGAAGCAGGAAGUGUCUAAGGUCAAGGAAAUUCUUAUCAUUCAGGAUGUGUUGGCUAGUAUGGGAACUGAGAGUGUGCGGGCAGAUUUCCUUGCCGGACAGAACAAGGCGGUUCAACUCACAGAAGCAGAGCUGCAAUACUUGGACGAUCUGUUUGUUGAAGUUUCUCCCAAACGCGAGAUUGAGGAGGGACAACCACCGUUCUUGGAACAGACAUUGAACGCAGCUAAGCAUCUGAUAAACAUUGUCGAAGGGAAGGAUAAAGAAAUCGUGGGUACUAAAUACUCCGUCCUUAAGGAGCUGAUUGAGAAAAUCAGCAACUGUGGAUAUUUCGACCAGACAACUGUUGAAGAGACUACCCCCCAGCCCGUUGAAGCUCCUGUGCCAGAACAGGUUCCAGUUGUGGAACAUGCCACUCCUGUUCCUCAUGUGGAGGAGAUCGUUCCGGAACCUGUUCCAUCUGCAACCUUCCAGCCCAGUGCAGUGCCCGUGGUGGAGCCAGUGGUCGCCCCCGUAGUGGAGACUGCGGGACUCUACAUCUCCCAGCGCCCAAUGGCCGAUGUUUUGACUAAUGUCAUGGGCGGCGGACCCACCACAUUUAACUUUAUUCAGGAAUCAGAGCUGGAGCCUGAGGUCGCAGUUGUGCCGACAAGUGCUCUGCCCAUUCCUACACAGACCUUCACAAAUGCCAACUUUGCGCCGCCGGUAGCGGCUCCAGUCUACCCACCCGAGGUGUUGUACGCCGCACCCGCAGCCGCACCCACACCCGCGCAGUACAGCCCCAUACCGCCACAGCCAGCCCCAGCCCCUGUACCCAGCAACACUUACCAGAACACGAAACCUCAAUCUGGAUCUGGAGACUGGAAUGACGCACCUGAACAGACCAAUGACUGGGGGGUGCAGGUGGAACAGAGCGAACAGAACCGCUGGAACGAACCAAGUCAGCAAUCUGAUGAUUGGGCUGAAAACUCCAAUGAUGGCUUCCAGACAGCUGGCCGUGGAGGUGGUAGAGGAGGCCGAGGGAGAGGUGGAGGCUCUGACAGAGGAAGGGGAGGUCCUAGAGGAGGGAGGGGAGGAUAUCAGAAUGGCAGAGGCAACUAUGGCAACAACCAAAACAGUCGAGGAGGUGGCGGUGGCUACUACAGAAACAACAACAGCGAAGGUGGUAACAACUACUACCAGAAUGGAUACCAGUCGCGCAAUGAUGGCGAGAGGGGAGACAGGGACAGAGGAGAGAGAGGAGACAGAGGAGAGAGGGGAGACAGAGGAGAGAGGGGAGAGAGAAGUUACAGAGGUGGUGGGGACAGGAGGGGAGGACCUCGUGGUGGACAACAAGACAGAGGCGGUUACAGAGGAGCUCCGAGGGGCAACCGAGGCGGCAACCCUCGCGGUGGCAACCGAGGCAACAACCGCCAAUAACACACCAACCACGACCAAACUUUCUGUGAUGUUACGUGGAAUCAACUCUGCGAGUAUUAAAGCAGAAGAAAAACAACACGUUUUACUUUUGCUAGGCAGGCUUUUUUCACAGGGAUAAGAUAACAAGACUUUAAACCUUUUUGUAAAGUGUUAAAAAAAAUAAAAAUACCAAAAAAAUAGAAAAAAAUGUGCAACCGCAAGAGACAAGUGUGUGGAAGUGACCCGAGAUGUGUUGCCUCAGUAUGUUCUUAGUUUCCACCGCGUCGUAAGUGACAAACCGACUCAAAUAUUCUCUUUACUGCAACUCGCAUUUAAGAUUGAAAGAAACUUGUAGUUAGGUGAACAGUUGAGUUGGUUUUGUAAGUUACUAAUGUAUAUACAUCAUGUCGGACCCCAGACUUCGAGUUUGUUAUUUUUAUAUGCCUAGAGACGUAUCGUUAUAGUUUCUAGGUUAACAUUGCGACAAUACCCACCCCAUUUAGUGUGCUGGUUUAUUGUUAUUACAAUGAUUAAAGUAAUAUUUUUAUAACACGUAGCUUCUGAUAGCUUUUUGAGCAACAAUUGUUCUUUCUUUAAAUAAAUGUUAUCCCCUUUUUUGUACUUUUUGAUAGUAUGUUUGGCGAUUUUGUAUAGUUGAAAUUCUUUUUGGAAUAAGUUUACUUUGUAAACAAUCGACUGCUUUCUUAGUUUGUAUUCCCAGUUUUCUUACUAUAGCUUAUUGUAUUUAUGAUCGGGUGAGUCUAGAGCGAAUGAAUGGCUUUUCCUAAAAUGAUAAGACUUUAUAUAUUUCUCUUUGUUAGAAAAUAGCAAUAUAAUUGUCAAUGACAAAAACAGUUUAAAGUUUUCACUUGUAAUGUAUUUUUUGUUGUGUCUUUGGUAUUUUUUAUAUUUAAACAGCCAGCAAUUUGGAAUAUUGAUUUUGACGUAAAGUAUAAACUUCUGUUUUGACGUAUUCUCUCUGUGAGCUACAUGAGGCACUUCUCUCAUAUGUUUAUAUAUCAGUGAUUUGCUGAUGAUUCCUAACUAUAAAUAAAGAUAGUUUAAAUAAAUA